AUGUCAUCAUAUUAUACUUACGUGGUGUCGAAUCCUAAUUUUGAAAAUUUAGGAUAUCUUAAGGCUAUAGCUAAUAUAAAAGACAAGCACGAUCGUUCAGCACCGUCAAAUUACCAUUGGAAAAUACUUAAGUGCAGAAUGAUUAUAUUUUCUGCUUCCUCUAUAUUAUCUUGUCCAGACAAAAGCGACGUUAAACAAAUACAUAUUAUUUUUAACAAAACAGGCAAUGACUACGACCGAUUGGUUUCAUUAUUUUUGAAAUUUUCUUUGAUUCAAGAUGGUGUCAUUCAUCAAGUAACAACUGAGGAGUACUCGAUGUGUUUUCUAUACACGAUGACCGCUAAACUUGCCCCUGUAUGGAAUUACUUAGGUCCAAAUUACUAUAUAAAUAAUAGAGAUUUUUUGAAAACUCCGGGUUCUCAAGAUGGAAUAAAACUUAAAAUAACUGUAUAUAAUGAAAAAACAAUACUGGAACUAAAAUCGAUUAAAAUAUAUUUAGCAAAAACGAAGGAAGAAUUUAGUCCCGGGGAAACCGUAGUAAUUUUACCAAGCUUAAACAAGGCUGUAAUAGAAGAAUAUUGCACGUCUCUGCCAAAGUCUGGAGAUUUUAAAUGCUACAAAGAUAUCCGUCGUCACUGGAAAAAUAUUCAUGGAUACCGAUUACCAGAAGAAGAACACUCAUACUACUCAGUUCGAUUUUGGCGCGGCGAACCUCUGACGUAUCCAGAGAUUUGUGUUUUGAGAACUUAUCCAAUCAUCACACCGGUACCCACAAAUACUGAAAGAAUUAUACUAUCGAAGUUUAUCACUUCUUUGAAAGUUAAAAUUUCCAAUAUUCUUGGGUUUCCUCUGUCUAUAUCGAACGAGUUGUGCCAUCGUGAAAGUUCUAAAUUUUACAAUGAAAAAUUAUUGCCCGAUACUCAGGCUAUAAGCCUCUGCACGCCAACGCAAAAUUAA